AUGUCCGGAAAUCAGAAGAAAAAUGUUUCAGACGCUCAUCAGGAGUCUUCACCCGGCAAGGAGGCCGACGAGAACGCCGAAGAGGGAUCUGUCUAUGCGGAGGGUGGCAUACUGCCGCCGUCAACAAGCGCAGAGAAAGCCCGCAGCCAUUUCAAGCGUCGCUGGAUAUGGUAUUUGGCUGGGGUUAUCUUCUUGGUCAUCUUUCUGCCUGUGUUCUUCCUAGUCGUCAUUCCUGCUGUCGCGCAGCUAGUCAUCAACAAGUCAGACCUCGUCUUGAUAAACGCGGUAGUGGCUCAGCCAAACCCAUCAUCGGUGGCCUUAACCCUCGAGGCUAAGAUAGACUUGAAGAUCAUCUUACCUGUCCUAAUUGAACCCGUCACCCUGAGCCUGUUCGACCGCGAGUAUGGGUCAGAUGAUGCGUAUGCAACAGUUGCCAUUGCAGGGCAAACGGUCAAAAGCAACUACACUCUGGGCGCCUAUGACCAACUCGCGCCAAUCCUCAACAUGACCGCCUGGGAGACCUUUGUCAGACAUGUUGUCUUCCAGGAGAAAAUGACGUUAUCGCUAAAGGGAGUGACUAAUGGGUAUCUCGGGGUUUUGAAGUGCCAUGUCACUAUAGACAAGGACAUCACUGCCCCAGUUUUGAAUAGAUUCGACGGCUUCUUCAUCUCCGAUAGCACCCUGCUUUUCCCCGCGGAAUCGGACGGUACAAACCUCAUUGGCAAUGCGACGCUUCCAAACCCGACCGUCCUCACCCUCGAAGUGGGUACUCUCGUCCUGGAUAUUAGGAGCGGAGAUCUUCUCAUCGGCAAUGCCACACUUACAGAUGUGACUCUUCGGCCUGGCACCAACACGUUCCCGCUCAGGGGCGUGCUGUCUAUAUCCAGCCUGCUGAAGAACUUACCCGAGGUUCUCAAAACACAGGGCCCGGCCCUGAAAGCUGGAAACUUGAGCCUCGACGCUGCGACUAGUUCGAUCCACUGCAACGGGAAAUAUGUGCCGUAUUACACGGAUGUGUUACGCGAUCUCACCCUCACUGCGAAUAUUGGCGUAGUUGAUCUGGUGAAGAACACGAUUCAUCACCUGGAACUGAAUAAAAGCCUCAUGGCUACUCUGGCAAAUGCUUCUGGUAGGAACAGCACCGAUGACAGACGCUCGGUUCGCCCAAGUAGCACCAAGGAUGACGAUGUCACUGUUCGCCCGGGUGACUCCAAUAGGGGCACCCGGGAAGGUCUGGCUGCAGGCCUGAAAAGGAAUAAACAUGUUCGAGACAUUUUAGGGGACGAAGCCCAGAAUAGGCAGGAUGAAAUAAUGGAAUCACUGGUAGCACUCGCCGAUACUCUGUACCCAGGAAAACCUGGUUCUUAG